AUGGAAAAAUCGCGGUGCGGAUCUCGCGCCGUCGGCCCGGUCGAUGCGGGACUUGAAAAAAGGGGAGGGGAUCCAGUCAAAACAAGGCUUACCAGGUCGUCGAGCAGUUAUUAUGACGAAGGCCUUCACCUGCUCACGCGGACGACGGCACCACUACUGAUAACACAGUCAAGCGGCCGACGCCUCCGGAGCGCCGAACGCCCAGCGCCGACGCCGUCGCCUCCAACGUCGACGUCGACGUCGACGUCGACAACGACGCCGACGCCGAUGCUGACAUCGCCCAUCCGUGGGAUCAUAGAUCAGGAAAACUUUGAUAAUCCAAAAAGGAUGGCGGACUAAAGAGUUCGAGGCAUUCUUGUAGUAUACAGUUAAUAAUUUAUAAAAAAUCGAACGGUAUACACGGGUAGGGGAUGUUAAAGGAUAUAACAACGAAUGUACAAUUUACUUCCCGUAUAAUUAUAUAUAUAUAUGCAUAUAUAUAAUUAUUAAAUAAUAAACUAAAUCGUCACACGCUACUUUUAACUUCGGCGGAUCGUAAAAUGAGAAAAGAACUACGCCGGAGAAAUUCGUUUGGCAGCAUGACAAAGUACGAGUAGUACGAUUAUUUUACAAUAUUCAUUUGUUUAUUUCUUAACACUUGCUAGUGCUAUUAUUUAUCAUUAUUUAUUUUAUUUUGUUAUAGAGUCCUUUAUAGGCGAAUUUAUACGCCUCGAACGAUCGAUUCGUAUUUUACAUUAGCGCGAAAUCAUUCUGUCCUUUCCUAUAUUUUUUUUUACAAUUACUUAAUUCAAUUGCAAUUCAAACAAUAUUUUAAUUGCAAUGU